AUGGUCGAGACAAACCGGCCAAAACCGCCGUUGGACGUCGCCACCGCGGCGGCCGACGUGAACUCCUCGCCGCAGCAGCAGCAGCGUGAACACCAGCAGCACCGUGAACACCAGCAUCAACGUGAACACCACCAGCAACGUGAACGCCUGCAGCAACACUGGCACCAACCGCCACAGCACCGUCCACCACAGUCGCGAAACACCAAGACGGUACACUUCGAAACAGACGUGUUGCGAGACGUCACGCCGGCCGACUCCGCGAUGGCCUGCACGACGACGACGUCGAACUACACGGCCAGCGUCACUAGUCUGCCCGACCAGUUCGACAGACACGUACAACAGUUGUUCACUUUUAUCGGCACAGCUCUGAGCGGAGGUCACGAACGUUGUUGUAGCGACGACGACGACGUCGACGGCUGCAGUGACGAUGACGACAGCGACUGCGUUAGUGACGGAUUUUGCGGCGGCUGCGGUGGUGGUAACGACGGUGACGACGACGACGAGGACGAUGACGAUGACCGGAGGUCGGUUAGCGACAGCGAGACGGUCUGGAGGAGAUCGGCGUCGCACCGGCAGCGACCGGCGUCGGCGUUGGCGCCGUACGGCGCGUCGUCGUUCUCGCGUGGCGCGCGUACCAUCAGUUUCGAGCGUGACGUGGACAGAGGCAACACGCCGUUCAGGCACAGGCACUGCAAAACAACGGCUGUCACGUGCAACAGAGUUUUCCUCAAAAAGAUAUCUGACGACGAUCGUAUGUCUUUGACAACUGCCAUCAGUGACGAAGACGACGCAGAGAGCACUCAAAAUUCACCAUACCGGGGUAAACAAACAGGGACUGCAGCCGCCUCGUUUAAUUGCACAGGAGCUGUCAGAAAAGCAGGGUUUUUGAGCGUAAAAAAAUGGCUAUUACGGAAAAAGCACCAAAUUGAACUUGCCAGAAAAAGAGGCUGGAAAGGAUAUUGGGUGUGUCUUAAAGGCACAACAUUACUCUUUUACCCAUGCGAUUCUAGAGAAGGCCGAAGUGUAGAGGCAGCACCAAAACACCUUAUAAUCGUGGACGGAGCGAUUAUGCAACCUAUUCCAGAACACCCGAAGAGAGAUUAUAUUUUCUGUUUAAGUACAGCUUUUGGAGACGCCUAUUUAUUUCAGGCGCCUUGUCAAGUAGAAUUGGAAAAUUGGGUGAACAGCAUACAUUCUGCAUGUGGUGCAGCGUUUGCUAGGCAUAGGGGAAAAAUAGGAACACUUCAUUUAUUACAAGAAGAAAUUUACAGAAUCGAAAAACAAGUGGAUGCGGAUCAAAAACUUAAACAUAUGGCUGAAGUACAAGUAGAAAUGCUAACCGAUCCAGAUACUAAAGAACAAAUAAAAAAGCAAAUUUUAGCAUGGGAAGAGAAUUUAGAGAGACUACAUUGUGAACAGUUUCGGCUCAAAUGUUAUAUGGCUAGUUUACAAAAUGGUGAACUUCCAAAUCCCAAGAUUCUUUUAACGCGUGUAUCCAGAGCCACAAAAAUCACAUUAAACAAAUUAGGUGUGUUUACUGUAUCUUCGUUACAUGCAUUUAUAUGCGCUCGUUCUCCUUCAUUGCUCAACAAUCUUUUGGCUGGACGUGGUGCAACUAAAAGAAAAGCUCCAAUAUUAUCUCGUUCCAAUAGUAGUUCAGGUAGACGAUCAUUGCAAUCAUCAACAUCCAGAGAUGACGCAGAAAAGACUGUGAAAGUAUCUUUACCUGAUAAUCAAUCGGUACAAAUACAUUUACGAGAGGGCAUGACAGUUGAUGAGUAUUUGGCAUUAUCUUGUUCAAGAAAAGGACUUAAUCCCAUGGAGCACUUUGUCAGGGUAAAAAAGAGAAGGGAUAUGGAAGAUCAUAAUUAUUUUGUUCCUCACCGAACUGAUAGUAUUGAAACUUACCUACAUACUCACGAAGUUGUCGAAGUUCGUGCCAAAAUCCUUUAUCAAGUAGAACUUGAAAGAAAUACAUUAGAUCAUAUGUGGGGAUUUUCCGUAGAAGCAGAACUAAUUGAGAAUGCUGAAAGACAAGAUGAACUUUGUUGUUAUGUUAGUCGAGUUGAAGACAAAGGAAUUGCUAUUCAAAAUGGUUUAAUUAAAAGCGAUGAGAUUAUGGUGAUUAAUAGUGCAAUAGUAAGUGAUUUAGAUAUGAUGUACUUAGAAUCAGCUCUUCAAGAAGAACUUUCUUUAAGUAUGAUGAUGAGGUCAUCCAGAACCGAACCUCCCCAAUUACCUUCAGGCUCAAGAAUUAUAUCAAAGACUACUGACGAUAUAAUUCAAUCAUUAGUUUGUCCUCCACCACCAACUGAUCCACCGGUAAUCUCAGAAGAAAUGAUAUCUGGACUGAUCGUACCAGCUCCAGGGUGGAAUAGGGAAGGUAUUUAUGAAUUGGAAACUAACAACAUGACUCAAGAUUCAAAACUUGCUUCCAGAGGAAAUUCUUUUGAAAUUGAAAAUUUAAUUAAGAGUGCUGGUGAAGUGACUGGAUUCUGUAGAUCUCCAGAGCCAGCAAGAAGAACUAGCCCAACCGUAAUUUCUGCUGUUCAGAAUCCUCAAAUAACUAUUGGUCGUCAGUUGACAGACGCUGAAAAACUUAGAAAAGUUAUUUCUGAACUUGUAGAUACUGAAAAAUCCUAUAUUAAGCACUUAAAUAAUCUACUGGAGAAUUAUUUAGAACCACUUAAACAAGAAACAUUUUUAUCUGGAGCAGAAAUAGCAGUUCUGUUUGGUAAUAUCCAAGAAAUUGUUCAGUUUCAACAUCAAUUCUUACAAAAUUUAGAAGAAGCCGUACACCAAGAACCUAAUUUCCAUAAAUUUGAUCAGCCAGAGCAAUUUAAAAAUAUACUUUUCUCAAUCGGGAGCGCCUUCUUAUAUUAUGUCAAUCAUUUCAAAUUGUACAGUUCGUUCUGUGCAAGUCACUCAAAAGCUCAAAAAAUACUUAAUCCUAAUGAAGGCAAUCAAGCUUUACAAGAAUUUCUAUGCUCCAGAAAUCCACGGCAACAACAUUCUUGUUCUUUAGAAUCUUAUUUAAUUAAACCUAUUCAAAGGAUAUUAAAAUAUCCACUAUUACUACAACAACUAAGGAAUCUUACUGAUCCUCAUUCAGAUCAACACCUCCACCUCGUUGAAGCACUUAAGGGAAUGGAAAAUGUCGCUGAACAUAUUAAUGAAAUGCAAAGGAUACACGAAGAAUAUGGAGCAAUCUUUGAUCACUUAUUCAGACAACAUCAAAAAUCUUGUAAACAAUCUAUUGACUUGUCUCCGGGUGAUUUAUUGUACUAUGGAGGAGUAGAAUGGUUGAAUAUAUCUGAUUUCCUCGGGAAAAUAAAAAAAGGCUUAGAACUACAUGCAAUGUGUUUUGUAUUCAAAUCAGCGGUAGUAUUUUUAUGUAAAGAACGUUUAAGACAAAAAAAGAAAUUAAUGAGUGUAUCGGGCAAAAGUGAAAUGGAAAUAAUUAGAUAUCAAGUUUUGAUACCAGUAACUGAAGUACAAGUUAGAGCAAGUUCUGCUAAAGAUAUGGAGACACAUUUCUUAUGGGAGCUGAUACAUUUACGUAGUCAAUCCCACCGAAGAGCAGAAAAGAUUUAUGUCCUUUCCAAUAGUACUGCCGAAUUCAGAAAUGCGUUCUUGAAAACUAUACGCCAGAUAAUUCGUGAAAGCGUGCGAAACAUGAGCAUUCCUACUGCCAAACCUUCUACUAAUUCCCCUGCUCAACUAGUAAGCAAUACCGCAACAUUAGGAAGACAAACAAUUAAUACUGGAGGUUUACAACUGAUAUCAGAGGAUCAUAAAACGCCUGAUAUUUCAAACUUAGCCCAAGGAUCACAAACACUUGGAAAACCUAAAAAAAUACCUCCAAAACCACCUCAAAGAUAUUCUUCAGGGAAUACUAUGCCCAAAGUGGAGUUAAGGAAUCAAGGAACAUCGUCAACUGAUUCUACGACGGAUACAGCAGGGACUCAAACUAUUUUGCCAAAUUAUAGAUCGAGAAACAGAGAAGAACGAAAAGUUGACGAACAAAAAUCCGAAGGUGAAGAUGAUAGCUGUAGUCAACCUGGACCAUCUAAAGGACUUCCAAUGCACGGUAGUCUGGGAAAAACACCCAACUACUUAAUGCUUAGUACCACGUCUACAUUAUCAGCAAGUAGUACUGGCAGUCAAGCAGCCAGACUGGUGGAAAGAUCACAGCAACCAGAAAAUUAUCAACCACCUCAGGUGCAGGACCUCGGUUCUCCAGUUUGGAAGCCCAGAGAAUUGGGAGAAUCGUCAACAUUGCCACGAAAAAAAAAAUCGAAUCAAGAGCAGUUUGAAACAAGGACAAUGGUGAGAAAAGGAGAGAAAAAGGAUAAAAAAUGA